CAUCGGCUGGAUUGCAGCAGCAUAUCAACUCUCACCUGAUGAGAGAGACUUUCCCUUUGUCCUUUGUGCGGCCCGGGGCGGGCGGCCAACUCCUCAUGUGAGUGCACGUUAAGAAUAAGAGUGAAUGAAAGGAUGGAUGAUGCUAAAGAGGCACAUUAAGUCAUAUCAGGCAGGAAAGACGAAGGGAAAAAAUGAGGAAAUUGCAGGAAGACAAAAGCGGAUUCAGGGUUUUUUUGUGUGAAGGGACUGGAGAGGUAAAGGAGGAGGAGGUGGUGGUGGGGGAAGAAAAAGGUGGGAGGUCUGACAAAGAGGAGCUGACCAGGUGAACGGAGUCUCAGUCGGCGCUGGUCAUGACCGCAGCUCCAUGUCGAUAGCCACAAGAAGGCAGUGAGGAGCCGUCAAGGGACACAGGAUGGUGACGUGUUGGAAACGAUCAGAAAACCGCCUGGAGGAAACUCAGUGCACGGAUGGGGCUCCGCCUGCAGCCCUUCAGUCCCAUUUCCCACAUAAGGCAUUCUGGGUCAGCCUCUCAGCCUCUCUGCUCUUGCUCGUCAUCACCCUCGGUGUGACGGGGCACCUCGGGCUGUCGCAACCCCACUCUCAGCCUUCACAGAUCGUGAGGGUCUCGGUUCAAGAUCAGACUGGAGUGGUGAUCAAUCAGUCGGCGGUGGUGGACCAGCAGAAUGACCUGGUGACCUUUUCGGUGACCUCGCCGGCAAAUCAGACGUCCACCGUGCUGUUCGAUGUCAAACACGGUUUGAUAUGUUACAAACCAGUGGACCAGGACACCUGCUUCCUGCAAAAGAUGGAGGAGUCUGAUUAUGACAACGUGCACUCCCUCCUUCAUGAGCAAACACACCAGAGUCACUUCCAGCUGUCUGGGAACGAGACACAGAGGCAGACAGAGUUCCUGGGGGUGCUGGCAGCCAGUCAGGUGGAAGUGUCCACUCUCGAGGAGCCUCUGCAGGCGCUGUGUCAUAACAGCUCCGUCCACUGGACCAGGAGGGCAAACGGCCCGGGCAAACAGAGGCUGGUCUACUUCUGCAUCGACAUCUGUUUCCCCAGCAACAUCUGUGUGUCUGUGUGUUUCUACUACCUGCCAGAGUGACUGUACGUGUUCACUUCUUCUCCUCCCAUCAAACAAUCAGGGAAAAGGCAAAGUUGUCUUUUUAGGUUUCCCUCUGCAAGACCGAAAAUUGUAAAAGAACAGAACAAAAGGCAGCUUUGACUGUUUCCUUUGUGCCAUACAGCCGCCGGUAAACCAGUUUCCACCCUUCAGAGAGAGCAAAGACAUGAAGACAGGCUGUCACAGUUAUCGCCGGAGCCCCAUCGUCACCCCCUUCAUGUGAAAUACCCUCUGGUGGCACGCUUCAGAGAUUACAGAAGAAAGAAUCCCUUUUUUUGGUACAUGCCUCCAAUUGUAUUUCCUGUAACCCACUACUGCAGUUGUAUUAUGUGUAGCCAUUCCUGUUGCAGUGUUUUGAUCUGCCUAAUAAAAGAUG